GCUUGCAGGGUUAUUGUACUAGGUUGAAUCUUUGGCGUCAUGCUGACUACGUUACCAGGGACAGUUCUCUGCGACAUGUGUUUUGUGCCAAAUGACCGUAGAAGGAUCAAGAAUCACAUCGAGCUCUGACACACUCUGCCCUACAUGUCGAAUGAGGCAAGAGGGCAUGGAACUGAAGCCUACAAGGCGCAUCAAUCGGCACGUACCGCCAUUACUCCCAUCCACAUCACCCGUCAUCGCACCACCCCGCGAUCCUCCCCGCCCGUGCUUCUUUAACUCCCGUGGAGAAAUUGUUACUCAUUCCCAUUUCCCUGUUGUCGUGGCGCGCAUGCGUGUGUGUAUGCGCUUCGGCUGUGGAGCACAAUUAGCACCCAACCAGCUUUUCAACUUUUGCGAUAUGUGUCUGCGAUUGGGGUUUGGCCGUGGAGCGCCUGCACCGCCCCCUGCCCCCAAGCGCCUUCCGAAGCGCAUGAGAAGAGAUGAACUUCCCUCUGGGGUGCUUAUCUCGAAGGUCAAGCGUGAUAUAGAUGCUGCACAGAGGACUGAGGCCCUUGGACAGCCCCCGCAAGAAACGUGUGCAGAACUGGGUCCACACAACAAUGAUGAUUUGGAACUCGAGUUGAUGUAUCCUGAGGUUAGUGAGAUGUGGGUUUUUUUGCUGACAUCACUGGGUCUGAGCUGCCAAGUAGGAUGAAGAGCUUGCAGCACAAGAUUCCGUCAACUCGAUAGCGACAACUGUUGGUAACGAUGUUCCACCUUCAGGUGUUGUCUUGGAACGUGGGCCUUUGCGGCUUUCACCCCUGGUCAUCAACACUACUGCUCGUUCUCUAAGCCCUCAGCUAGUCCAGCGCAUCUGUGAA